GGGGACUCCGGAGACGAGAAUUGGCCUAUUCUUCUAUUCCCUGGCAUCGACGCAGUUCCUUACAACGUCGGUAAUGAUCCGAACAUGUAUAUUAACUGUUUCGAUAGAGACCGGGGCUUCGGGAAGUUCACGGUUAAUUACCAGAGCGGAUUGUACGUGAUAGCCGACACGAAUAACUCUGAUGUCGUACGUCUCAUCACAAGUUCAGGACUGCCUAAUGCUUGCGAAUUCCGACAUAGGUUGGCCUGGGGUCCGCCUCGAGAUCCUAAACUUGCUGAGGCCCUUCGUCAUUGGGCAUCGCUGGUUGAAGAUGGGACUUGGUCUGUAGACUCGAAUGGUGUUUGCGCUGAUCACGAGUGGUUCACCACGAACACACAUGUAGCGAAAGUUCCGCCUUGCUUAGAUUGAUAUCUUAGAAUGCUAUAUUAGUAAUUAUGAGACU